UCCACACUGCUGCUACUGGCCUUUCACACGCUCACAGACUAAGCUUCGGAUUGCAGGAACACACAUUAAAACAAACCAAGCAGCCUGUUUAGGACAGAAAAGAAGAGGAGGAAGUGAAAGCAGCACGCUAACAGGGCUUUUUUCACUUGUCUUCAGAGUUAUUUUCUUUUUUUUCUUUUUUCCCCACUUCAUUUCUUUCACAUCAUCGGCACCUUUGACAGCUCGCUCCACUUUUCUUUCCACACACCUCACUUUCUGGCUGAAAUGUCAUCUUUGAGAAAGAUUCUAAGGCAAGCAAAUCUUCUCGCACUGGUGUUCCUGUCCUGGUCUGCUGUGAAGGCCCGGGGUGAGUGUCCUCUGAAAUGCUCAUGCCCCUCCUCUCCCCCAUCCUGCCCGCCGGGCAUCAGCUCAGUGCUAGACUCCUGCGGAUGCUGCCGGCAGUGCGCCAGGCAGUUUAACCAGGACUGCAGCCUCGCAGAGCCUUGCGACCACAUCAAGGGGCUGCGCUGCCACCUAGGGGCUGGAGGAGAUCCCCAGAGAGGCCUGUGUAGAGCAGAGGCACAAGGUCGGCCCUGUGAGCUGGAUGGCCGAGUCUACCAGCACGGUGAAGACUUCCAGCCCAGCUGUGAGCACCGCUGCAAUUGCAUGGAUGGAGUGGUGGGCUGCAUCCCUCUCUGCCCACACCAUAUCCCACUGCCCGACUGGCACUGUUCCCGGCCCCGACUGACCACACUGCCUGGCCGCUGCUGUCAGGAGUGGGUUUGUGACGAUGACAACCGCAUUGAUGAAGAUGACCAGACGGAUGACCAUACACCUCCCGAGCACACUGACCUCACGGGCAAUGAGCUGCUGGUGGUUGCCCCAACACCUUGGGACAGUAGUGCAGGAGCACCCUAUCAAGAGUGGAUUACCUCCUCCCAGUCCCACGCCCUCAUCCCAUCCACAUGCUUCCUGCAGACCACUGAUUGGUCCCCAUGCUCAGCCACCUGUGGGAUAGGCGUGUCCAGCAGAGUAACCAAUAGUAAUAUGGAGUGUCGGCUCGUGAGGGAGACACGCCUGUGUCAGAUACGAGAGUGUGGUGGAAUCCCAGCCCUGACGCCGAAGAAAGGAAAGAAAUGUCAGCGGACGAUGAGGUCACACAAGCCUGCUCCUAUCACGUUUGCCGGGUGCUCUACCUUUCGCCACUACCGGCCACGGUCCUGUGGUUCCUGUGUGGAUGGCCGCUGUUGCGUCCCCUCACUGACCCGCACUGUCCGUCUGCGGUUCCACUGCCCACUAGGCGAUGGCUUCACCCGCAACUUCAUGUGGAUCCAACAGUGCAGUUGCAGCCAGAACUGCAACAGUCGGGGACUGGCAUGGCACCCAGAAUCCCUCAACCUGCCCAAUGACAUUCACACAUUCUCACCCUGACUUCCUGAUCUUCAGCCAAGUUUUCCUGGACGUACUACAGAGUAAAACAGUAUGUCUGCACCAAUGUGGAAUUUCUGGGCUGAUAACUAUAACUGUUUAUUAACGACUGGCCAAUAUUGAUACAACCAAAAAGACAGGUUAAAAGGCUAAAGAUGCAGGCAACCCCAUGUUCUUUAGGCCACAUACAUCACUAUAAUUAGGUGUUUUCAAAUGACUAAUUCAAUUAAGGGAACUGCAGGUGCAUUUCUGCUCACUAUAAACUGCUAAUUAAGUUGUCCUCUACUCAUACCCUGAAGAACUUUCACAUCGAUGACGUUUUCACUCUGCAGCAUCCGAUCAGGGGUAUACAAGUGUCAGUGCAGGCGUGAGCAAAAUAGGGCAAGUUAUCAUUAUAGUUAGCUGUAAUUUUAGUUUCACACUGCUAAAAAUAAUUGCACUUUUUCAUUUAUGGGCAAAUAAUUUUUUGACUGUAGAUUAUCUCACGCGCCUCCAUGCACUAGUAAUCUUAUUUUAAUCAUUCUUCUCAGCUGAUAUCAAUUUAUUAUCUAUGUUAUGUCAUUGCACGUAUGGAGGAAAACUGUAUAUAGGAAAAGUCCCAAUCUUGAAUUAACACCUACAAUGCGUUAGAUCAAUUUACGAAUUACGUUAGACCUUUAACUCAACUCAAAUUCCACGAGCAACAAGGCUAAACAUUGUGGUAAAUGAUGUGUAAUCUAUAUGCUAUAGAGACAAUAUAAAAUUCUGUUGUAUGAAAACAAUGUAACUUAUUUACACAUGUUUAAAUGCAAAAGUAGGCUUGGAUAUCUUCAUAUAAGAAAUUGAAAGUCAAAAUUGUAAAUAUGUCUUGUACAUAUUCAUAUUUGUUUGCUUCAUUUUGUGUUUGUACAGACUUCACUUGAGGUGGAGUGUCGUCUUUUAAAAUCACCUUUGUUUUUGAGGUGAAUACAUAAGGGCCAACAGUAAUAUUUUAUAUAUGUAUUUAUAGACUUUAAUUUUGAUAAAUAAACUUGUUAUAAUAUCUUUGACUUUGUGGGUAGUAAA